CUGAGGUCUGAACCCUCCUGUGGUCGCGCAACAAAAGAUCUAUAUCUAGCGCAUUAGCCGAGGUUCAGCAGAUCCCCAUCGCUGAUGAUAUUUACUUUGUAGACACAGAAGAUGCAGCAUGUCGAUGAGAUUCAAGCUCUAGCUUUUGCCAGAUCACAAUAAUUCCACCUGAUGUAUGAGCAUGACAGAUGAUUCAAACAUCUUGAAUGUUGUUGCUCCAGCCUCAAGCUAGCUUUUAUUUUUGUUCCUCACAGGUCGGCGACAUUCCCAGUGUUUUUCGGCUUCUGUUUCAUCAACUACGUAUUUUUCCUCGAGGUAUUUCUGUCCUCGUCUAGUACAACAGAUUUCAGCCCGCUGCUCGCUGCAGCUGCGACCACUACAUUCAGUCUCUACAGAAAGAAACCAUGCCCCCUCCGCAGCCAGCCGAGAAGAUGACGACGCCAAUUGCACCAGCAGUAGUGCCUGUACUUCCGGCAGCUGCCACGAAUGCCGUCGGAGAGGAACCGGACCACAAGGUCGCGCAGGGGUCGAAUUUUUCCAAUUCAAAUUUGAAUCCCACAAACUCCACCAGCAGCGUUGUAGUCACCGUCGAAGGCAUCCUCAACGACACGACUACCAGUGACUUCCUGCAGCCCUUGACCACCCGCCUCAACCAAGACGAAGGGUUCACCUCGACAACUUCGGUCACAAUUAAAAAUCCAGUCACGGCGACGUUGUUCCCAGUCGCUACUAGUUCAACCGGAACAACAAGCAGUGCCUCUUCGAGCUCUGCUGCACUUCUUUGUUCCGAGGGGGCACAGCAAGAUGUCCAGUACGAACCGAUAGUCCUGUUGACAACGCCGGAACCCCACCCACUGUUGCUCUGGCAGGAACUCGUGUUGAACGAACCUGUCCUACUGGAUGACAAGGAUGUUGCCAACAAGGCUGGAACAAAUCACACGACAGCCAUGACGACGCGGAACCUAAUGGACAACUUGACCGACGCAACGAAGUCUUGCAUAGAAGGAGCGCUUUCUCUUGCGACAGCUGCUGACCAAGAGGUUGAUGCCCCGACGACCUCUAGUACCUCUUUUGCUGCAUCUAGUACAAUCAUUGCCGGCGGGGCAGGGGCUGGGGCUGCAAAGAAUCAAAAGAGGCCCGGAUACGCAACAUCAAGCAGUAGAACGCAUUUUUCUCAGGUCAGAGUCGAAAACGUCGUGAUCCAAGUAACGGACCAGCAGCGGCAACAAGUGGCUUCUAAUAACCACAACAACGCUGUCAAACCCCCAGCGCCAGCAGCAGGAGCCGCAGCCGACAAAGAUGGUGCUGAUGACAAACGCUCUUCACUCGCACAGCAAUUACAAUUGCAAGCCGAACUAGAGCAACGACAAGGUAAAUUGGAAGUCAAGUUAGGCUUCGAGAUGUCAGAGCACGCACUCCUCGCGCUCAGCAAAAUCGAGACAAUUUUGAACUCGACUAAGUCCGGCGCUCGGGCGGCGAAGCGAAGGAGGAAAGGGAAAGGGAAAGGCAUGAGUGAAGGCAAGCGACGAGGGAAGGCAAGCGACUCGAACCAGGAGGGUGGAAAAAACAACGCUAAAAUCCUGAUCUCCGAAGGAGCUGAUGCACCAGAAGCAGAACACCUGCAGCACCAGGCUGCUACCACAACUGCUGGAGAAACGAAAAUCGCGAAGCUGCGUUUGAAGUAUGAGAAUUUUGACACCCAAGAAGUCCUGUUCCGGGACUUGUGUCAAGAAAUCUACCGGUACGUCAAGGACCCGGCGAACAGAACUGCAAAUCAAGACAUCAACCUAUUAGAAGAAGAAGAAGAAGAAGGAGAUGCUCAAUUUGAAUCAAAAACGAAAACCGCACGACCAGCUAAUGCUAAAAUGAAUGCCUCUAUCGUCUUGAAGCCCAAGAUCAUCUCCGUCAAGCGAUCCUCGCUCUUCUACCAGGGGCGCUAUAACAAGUACAGUCGGGAAUUGAGUCAAACGCCCUGGCACCUCGGAGGCGGGGGCGGCGCGUCGAAUGAGGAAGAGAAAGACCAGAUGAAAGCCAAGUACUCGGUGGAAGACUUGAUCAUUGCGCCUGUCGCGGAAAGGUUCGGAAUAAUUCCUGGAGAAAAAGGAAAACAAGCAGCCAAUUCUCAGAUAAAAUUCCACGCCGCGGGCCGCGAGGACGUGGACGUGCGAAUGUUGGGGAAAAAUGGCCGGCCGUUUGUGUUGGAAAUCUUUGACGCGCGGAAAAGACCGAUGCAAAUGUUGACCUGCUUGGGGCAGCCUUCUUCAACAGGCCUUGUUGAACAAGAUUUUUCCGUACAACUACCAUCAAGAACAACAACACACUUCAUGGUGCAAGCGGUGGAGCUGGCGAAGAGCAAGAAAACCGAGAAGGAUGACUUAUCAAAUGUAAAAAUGUCUGGGUCUGGAAGAUUCUGAGACUUGUGAUGCACGUCUUGCAUGAGCCGUGAUGUCUGUGAUGCACGCCCUAGCAUCACAUAUUUUUUGAGGGCAUCUUGAUGCCUAUUUCGCAUGACAAAUGCCCUAUCCUUGUAGCAAGAAUUAUACUCCUUUUGCUACUCAUGCAAUACAGAUUUUUUUGGAAUCCAAAUGCAGCAUCACAAGUUGCAUUCUUCCAGACCCAGACACUUUUACAAUCCAUAUGACUACAACCUGUACCAUUGGCACUGGUAUGCGAACCUACCGGCAACUCACAAAACCUUGUUCCACAAACUGAAAACGGAGGAGGAAUUGGUGAAGGAAGAGCAGCACAUUGCGGUGCACGAUUUCAAACCGACGACCAAUAUGAAUUGCAAAAAUUAUGUCUGGGUCUGGAAUUCUUGUCAUGCAACAGCAACAUGUGAGGUGAAGCACGACGACAACAGCCACGAUUGGUUCAUUUUUUGUCAUGCUCGAAGCUCCUCGUUAGUGAUGUGUGAUGCGAAAUACAGUCGAAUUCGCACUGAGGCCUACAAAUAAACGUGUGGUACCUCCGUGUCUUGAGUACGUACAAAAGACCGCCCCGUAGUCAUGCACGACUUAGCAUGGCAAAAAAACGAGUGCCUUUAACAUCCAGGCCCAGACAAAUUUGCGAUGCAUAAUCAAGCAGUUUGUCCAACUUUUGCAGCAAAACGCGGAGAAACACACGAAAAUCUACGGCUGUCUGGUCAGAAGCAGUCGGAAGUUGGACAAGAAUCUCUUGGAGGAAGAGUUCGGGAAGAAAUUUUUACAACAAAAUCAUGACCAAAAUCAUAUUGAAGAUGAAGAUCCCAGGAAUUAUGACAGCCAAAAAACUUCCCUGUUUCCGAUCGCCUUGAAGCAGCAAACCCCGUUUCGAGUCGUGCAUAGGCGGUCGAACAUUGUCCGCGAGAAGAAGAUUUUGAACAUUUCCCACGUGAAAUUUGUCAACGACACAACCUUCUGGCUGAUGGUACACGCGGAUGCCGGGUGCUACAUCAAGGAGCUGGUGAAUGGCGACUACGGACGGACGAGUCCAAGUUUGAAAGAUUUGAUGAACCAAAGCGGGCUGUUUCAUGCAGGUGUUGUAACGGAGACGGGCGGCCGCGACACUACCAAGAAUGGGGGCGGCAGCCAGGACGACGAGGACCAACAGCGCAAGAACGAUGGAUCUUUUCAGGCCCGCCCCGGGCACCAGCACCAGGAAGUAGAAAGUAUAGCAGGCGCGGGUCCACCGCGUAGUACCACAAUCGACCACCUGCCCCUCGACGAACAGGAAAUGGAGGUUGAAAAGCUUGAGCAGGAAUUAAAGUUGAGACGGUUUUUGCAAGAAGUGCAAAGUGGGCCGUUGGAGUUGGAAAUGCUCGAGUUGGAUGUGAUGGAUGUUUUGGAUUGA